AUGGUCGAUUCCAAUACCAAAGCAGCGCCUGCUACCAAUGGCACCGACGGCGACAAUACUUCUAGCCAACAGCAUGACCAACACGAAGAGUCGAAUCGACAACGCAUUGCCUCCAUCGCCAGCCGCUUUGGAGGUUUAGCAGCCCAAGCAUCCACGCAAGCUGCUCAAAAGGGCACCGAGACUGUCGCUGAAGCUGGUCAGCAGGUGGCAAAGACGGUCCAGUCCACUCGCACCGCUGCUGCCCAUCAGACUGCGGGACUGCUCCAAGCGAUGGCGCUCACCACCAAAAACGCCUUCUCCAGCGCUGACAAGGACAAGCACGCCGACAGCAGCUCAUCCGCCAAGGCAUGGUACGAGUACGAGUCACCCUUGCACGCGCGUCGCAGGUUGGCAGAGUACGAAUCCCCUCUCCACGCACGACGAAGGUUGGCUGCCAUUGCCUCGCAGCUCGGCUUAGCCACCUCUUCGGCUCAGCAAGCUCCGAGCUUCUUGGGUGCUCUCUCGUCCGCAUCCGCCUCUGCUUCCUCUCACACAUCUGCAAAGACAGCCUCUUCCGAGAGAUGGGCCACCGCAACUCUACCAGACUACAAGGAUCUUCCUUCGCACGGCGGCUGGCCGGGUUGUGCAUGGGAUGUGUGGGGUCCCGGUGAUCAGCUGGGCACCAUCAACCUGCUUACCGAGGCGCUCGUUCUCAAAGCCAACAAGGAGCAGGUCAAAGUGGGUCGCACCGUCUCCCUCAACUGGCCCGUCCAUCUUCCUGCCGAGCCCUUCUUCCGUCGCAAAGCCUUGUCGCACAAACCGUUUGGCAAGGGCGGUCCUGGCUACACGGCACCCCGUGAUGCCUAUACGACUGCAAUUCGAGCCAAGCAGCCAGACGUGGUGGUGGUCCGCGACAAUGACGACAAAGUACCCAUCAGCGAUGAGAUCCUCGAGCUCAACACGCAGAGCGGCUCGCAGUGGGAUGGGCUGCGUCACUUUGGACACAUGCCCUUGAAUGUGUUUUACGGCGGUGCUUCGCGUCAGAGCAUCCAAGACACGUUCGACGACACUUCGCCUCAGCCUGCUGAUCCGCAAGCGUGGAGCUCAGAGGACGCCAAGAAGCGCAAUGCGCUCGGUAUUCAUCAUCUCGCGCAGCACGGCAUCUGCGGACGAGGCGUGUUGCUCGACGUGUUUGACUAUCUCUCACACCACGGGACCGACCAUGUAAAACGCGACAACUAUGACUGGUCGCACUGGCCCGAACACGGCGGAGGCAAAGGCUACGACCCACGUUCCGGCUUCCGCAUCACUGUCGACGACCUCAUCGCUACGGCCAAGCAUCAAAACGUCACGCUGCGUCGCGGCGACAUUCUGCUCGUCCGCUCCGGCUUCACUGCACGCUACUACUCGCUUUCCCCCGCAGAACGCGCAGAAUGGUCCAACCCUGCCCCUGCAUCCGGCGGCGCAGGUAUGGAGUUCGCCGGCGUCGAACAGAGCGACGAGAUGAGAGAGUUCUUGUGGAACCAACAUUUCGCUGCUGUAGCGGGCGACAGUCCGGCGUUUGAGGCCAGACCCACCAAGCACGGCGAAUGCAUGUUGCACGAGACACUGCUCGCCAUGUGGGGGAUGCCCAUUGGCGAGCUUUUUGAUUUGGAGCGCUUGGCCGAGACGUGCAGGGACCUGGGCCGGUGGAGCUUCUACUUUUCCAGCUGGCCAUUGAAUCUGUUUGGCGGAGUGGCAAGCUGUGCCAAUGCCAGUGCCACUUUCUGA